UUUAAGAUGCCAAUCAGCAGCGUGGUGGCCUACAAUGCGGCCGUCUUCAUCAGCACUCUCUUCCUCCUCGAGGCCGGCGCCGACAAGUUUGUGGACCACACGGCCAUCGUCGCUCGGCGCACAGGUAUCCCGGACACCCUCAUCGCGCUAAUCACCGCCGGCGCCGAGUGGGAAGAGCUUGCUGUGGUCGUCAGCGCCCUGGCGCAAGGCCGCGCCUCCCUCGCUCUCGGCAACAUUAUUGGCUCGGCCAUCUCCAACAUCCUUGGCGCCUUUUCGCUGGGUCUCCUCUUUCGCAAACAGGACGAUGCGGUGCAGUUCGAUCGCAGCGCGCGCAUCUACUCGCUUCUGCUGCUCGGCGUGACGACUGCCAUUGUCCCCAUCACGUACUUCCCUCGUGAAUUCCUCUGGCGUGUGACCGGUAUCACCUUAGUCGUCGCCUUCGUUGUCUAUCUGCUCUCGAUAGGCUGGGCAAUCAACCGAGGAACGCUGGUUGCACCGGAAGGCUCAGAAAGUGAUAGCUCUAGCGACGAGGAUGACACCUCAUCUUUAUCUUCAGACUCCUCCAUCUCAACGCGAGGAGACGGCCGUGCUCAUACACCUUCAUCGUCGCAAGCUGAACCACAGACAACCGACACCGACGGCGAGCAACAACCUCUCCUCCGUCCCUCGGAACGCUUCCUCCGCCGCCGCCGCGGUCUGUCCUAUCACAUCGCCUACCUCUUCGCCGGCUUCCUCGCCAUCUGCCUAGCAGGCUACAUCCUCUCCCACGCAGCAACCAACAUCGCCGACGCCCUCGGCGCCUCCGACGUCCUCUUCGGCAUCGUCGUGCUCGCCAUCGGCACGACUCUGCCGGAGAAGUUCAUCGCCGUGAUCAGCGGCCGGCGCGGGCACGGCGGCAUCCUCGUGGCCAAUACGGUGGGCAGCAACGUUUUCUUGCUGACGUUGUGCCUGGGUAUCGUCAUGGUGGGUACGGAGGGGGCGCUGGGGAGCGCGGGGAGCGUCUCGGCUACUGAGCUGGGUGUUCUCUGGGGUAGUACGGCUUUGUUUACGGGGUCAAUGUGG